CGCUGAAUGACCAAAUGCCAUUGCUUGGCAUUUUGCCUAAAUUUUAUAUUCAAAUUCUAGAAAUCCGACUUAAGUGGUAAAACAAAAGAGAGAGACCAAGCAAAUUAAAGAAGUGAUACCGACUGCCCUUGAGUUGAAUCACGUGUCAAGGACUGGUUAAUAACUGCUGGGAAGUAACAAGUUGGCCGUGAAGCAAUUGAAACAUUAGAAUACUGUGGAAGUAAAACCUCUAAUAUGAACAAGAAAGCAAAAUUAUUAUUAUUUUCAUUAUCACUGUUAUUACUAUUACUAGUGUUAUUUAUAUUACUGAGCAUAGUUUUUUUAAUGGAAGAGAACAAAGGCCACGAACCAGACUAAGACUAGAGAAAGAUGCAUAAACUUUCUGCUCAGUGUGAUCCUCAAAUGACCCCUGUCUGUGACCUUGGCCAAAAUCACCCUUUCAAGAACUGCUGCUCUUAUGACGUGUGAUUGUUCUUAGAUCUUCAAGUGUUCAAGAUAAGAAUGUAUAAUGUCACAGCGCAAGCUGAGGUGAUCGUAUUCACGCGAGUGAAGUCGUUUUUACUCAUAAUAAAAUGGAUCAUGGCUAAUCGCAUGAAGAGAAGUUAAAAUGAAAAUUUAUUUCAAUUAGUAAGGGAAGUUGAAAAGAAAAUGUAUUCAUCUGAGUUAAGUGGCGAAACGGAGGUAACUUGGAAAAGAAGAUGGAACGCAGAAAACAAAUUGGGGAGAAGUAAGUAUUUCGAAUAGAAACUGUAAAAAUGCGGUAAUUAAUUAGGAAGAAAUCAGAAACUCACAGACGAGAAGAAACUUUAUUAAUGAUCAAUUGGAAAAAAAUCCUACAGGAAAUAAAAAAAAAAAACGCUUCCAAAUAUGCUUGUUAACUUCUUUAGUGAACAAAAAUAGAACAGAUAUUAUAUUCCUGGGAUAGCCAAAAAUCAUACGUCUGUCUGCCUCUUGAAACCUCAUAAAAAUGGAAAACUUUAGUGAGAAAUGCGCGUGAGGAUGUCUUAUCUAAUGUCGAGACACGUUAUCGUGACUUAGUCUAUAAAACUUUUGAACACAGAUAGCAAGAAAGUGUCGCGUGUAAAAUCAGCCUUACAGAGCAAGGAGACGGAGUCUUGAGACUCAAAAUGGCCAAUGUAUACAAGGGAAAGUCACUCCACUGAGCCAGAGUUGAUAAACAAUUUUUUGAAAUGAACUGAAAAUGGUCACAAUGGCGCCUUGCGAGGGCUUAGUCCCAGAGGCCAACGCCAAAGAAAGUCAGGAGCGCGACGCUCAUUUUACCAAUGUACCCCCUGGGAAGUUCAAAGACCGGCCCGCGUGCUUCGACGUUGGAAAAACCACAGCUGGAUGGUUGGAAGGGAAGAGGAUAGAUGAUAAUAUAGGGCCAUAUUGGAGGAUUCACAACAAACUCUAUGACUUGACAGACUUCGCGCCAAGGCAUCCAGGAGGCAAAGAGUGGAUCACAAUGACCCAAGGGACUGACGUCACAGAGGCGUUCGAAAGUUCUCACAUAAAGCUGACAGCUGAGAAGAUUUUGCCCAAAUACUACGUUAAGGACAUUGACACGCCCAGGAGUUCACCGUAUACGUUCCACGAGGACGGGUUCUACAGAACUCUAAAGAGAAAAGUGCGCCCAGUUCUAGAGAAAAUCGGCCAGGGACCUAACCGUCAGAUUCUUCUCAUUCAAGAUGGUCUAUUCGCGGGAUUCGUAACACUGACUGUUCUAGCCUCCGUCACAGAGUCUUAUACCUUCGCUGUUCUCGCUGGCUUCGUCCUGGCCAUGAACAUCAUGUGCGCCCACAACUUCUUCCACCAACGGGACAACUUUCGAAUGUAUUACUGGGACUUCAGCCUCCUCACCUCCCACGACUGGCGCAUAAGCCACGGUCUCUCUCAUCACCUCUUCACCAACACGAGAUACGACCUGGAGGUCGUAGCACUAGAGCCUUUGCUGGUGUUCCUGCCGAAACGGGACAAGAGCUUCCUUCAGCGUUACGCGGCUCAGGUCUACGAAGUCCUGCUCUUGCCCUUCGGGUUCUUCGUCGAGUUGAUCAAGAGGAUCCAGAUCGUGGCGACGGGGCAGACGACCUUCAGGCCUGAAAAUCUUCUUCCUUUUCUCGAGUUGUUUGUGAUGUGUGGGCUGGCGUCGUCGGCGGUCACGGGACUGAAGCUGUGGUUGGUAGUACACGCAGCCUCCAGCACCUGGUUCAGUGGCAUAGGCGUAGUCGUCGCCCAUCAUCACCCAGAGAUAUAUCAUGACGGAGACACGUUCAGAGAAAACCCGGACUGGGGUCUGUGUCAGCUGGAUGCGGUCAGAGACAGAAUUGAAGUGAAAGGCAACCUGUUCCUGGUGUGUACAACCUUCGGCGACCAUAGCCUUCAUCACCUCUUGCCAACCGUCGAUCACUCAAAACUAGACGCACUCUACCCUGCGUUUUUCGAGACCUGUCGGGAAUUUAACAUUCCGUUUGAAUUUCUGAGCCACUGGGAACUGGCUCGUGGGACCUACCAGCAAUUAGCGAGAAAUGAACCAAACCCAAAUCCACCUGGAUACAAAGUUAAACACGACUGAAAGAAAUAACAAAUAAUAUUCCGAUAUUUUUCUAUGUAACCUUCAGGGCAUCGUGUUGUUGAUACUGGUGUCUUGUGCCUUGUGCUGUUUUGAUUUUAUUUGGCUGGUUUUUGCUUAUUAUUUUGAGCUACGUUGCAGAUGUAUGCGAAUAAUAAUAAAAAAAAUAAAAUAAGCAGACACUGGCAAUAAUGUGGGGUUUUGUAUGGAUUAAUUUGAAAACAUUUUAGAAAUUCAGAUUGUUAAACCAGUCUAAAUUCAGGAGAGUUACACCACUAGUCCUAUUCAUUUUUCGAUUGGCUAUAUUUAGCUUUAAGGUUUAGGAUAAAAAGUCUAGUUAAACCUAAGAUUACCCGUAUUAUAACCUCCUGCCUUAUUUUCUUUAAUAAAAACUGAGCUAUAUAUA